CGGGGCACGGCGUCCCAGCGGCAGUCACCUAGGCCUGUACCUGCGGCGUCGUCGGCGGGUGCAGAGCGCCCGGCAGGGCCUAGAGGCCGGGCUGGCGUGUGGCCGCAGCCGGGUACCCAGGGCUGGGCCUGGCGCGCAGGCGCUGACCCGACUGGGCAGUGAGCCGCCGCGGCCUUGGCUGCUAGGCCUUAACCCGGCCAGCCGCCGCGCCCUGCUUGUGGGUGGGCCGCGGGCGGGGUAGGAGCAUACGCGGGGCGGUGGCGAUGGACGCCUUAGAAGAAGAAAGCUUUGCGCUGUCUUUCUCCUCUGCCUCGGAUGCAGAAUUUGAUGCUGUGGUUGGAUAUUUAGAGGACAUUAUCAUGGAUGACGAGUUCCAGUUAUUACAGAGAAAUUUCAUGGACAAGUACUACCUGGAGUUUGAAGACACAGAGGAGAAUAAACUCACCUACACACCUAUUUUUAAUGAAUACAUUUCUCUGGUAGAAAAAUACAUUGAAGAACAGCUGCUGGAGCGGAUUCCUGGAUUUAACAUGGCAGCUUUCACCACAACAUUACAGCAUCAUAAAGAUGAAGUGGCUGGUGACAUAUUCGACAUGCUGCUCACCUUUACAGAUUUUCUGGCUUUUAAAGAAAUGUUUUUGGACUACAGAGCAGAAAAAGAAGGCCGAGGACUGGAUUUAAGCAGUGGCUUAGUGGUGACAUCGUUGUGCAAAUCAUCAUCUGUGCCAGCUUCCCCCAACAAUCUGCGGCACUAGGUCCUACCUCCAGCCAAUGAAUGGGAUCAUUCUGGAUGUCGCCGGCCCGAUAGGCUCAGCUCAUGAUGACAGAAUACAUCUUAAAAAGACUGGCUCUGUUAUGUAACUCUUCGUGUAUGUUAAGUAUUGAUAGGUCAAAACCAAAAUGACCUAACCCCUCCUGGACCUGUUUCUCCUGAAACACCUUGUAUUCAUUUACCAUAGUAUUCCUCUCCUCCUCAAGUAGACACCUCUCUCAGGAGCUUCUGAGUCAAAAGACGCUUCUGGAGUGAGCCCAUGUCAGGCACUCCACCUGGGGGGGCCUUCCCCCAGCACACAUGCUGGUGUGUGAGUGUGGACUCACCCGCCGUCACCACCCCUGCCCCAGCAGGCUCGGCAUGAAUCUUUUUGUGCACUUGCACCCCUUUUUCACAUGGGUCAUGGUUUCAGUACUUCAGCCUCAGUGGGGUUCCUGAUGUUUGUCUAGGGUGUUACUCUAGCUCAUCUUGAGAUUUCGGAAUCUCCUGUGAUCACAGCUUGUCUCAGCUGUAGGAACCAACAGAAAGAGACGUCCUCUGAUAAAAGCUCCACUUGAAAAGCCACCCUUAGUCCUAACAUUUCCAGUCCUAGUGUCACUGUCUUCUGGUUCUGAUUUAGUCCCCACUGUUUCUAGAAGUCUCUUUUAAGCAUUAUUUUUGAAAAAAAAAAAUAUUUUUAUAGAUGAAUACUCAGGCUAACCUAGUGGAUGUGAUCUUGGAACUUCCAUGAUUAUCCACGUAAAAGAUCAAAGUAUUAUAUGCUGUGGGCUUUUUAGGUGUUAGUGCUGUGAAGGCAAAAAUGCUUUCUACAUUGGCGUUCGUUCCUAUGUUACUGGACACCAAUGAAUGUAUGCUGUGUGCUAGAAAUAGACUAAAACAGAUUCUUAUUGCAUGUUAGUGUGCUUGCAUGUCUGCUGAAAAUCCUUCUGUAUAAACCAGUUUGUUAGGUUCUCUGGCUUAGGUAGGGACUGCAGUUUUUUCCUGUCAAAAUCUCUCCUACCAAGAUGGUGUUCCACUGUCCAGCCCAGCAUGAGUAGCAGGUAGAACACAGCUUUACUGGCUGUCUGCUUUGGUGUAGUGCAGUGUGUGUUGGAUUACUUAUGAGAAAACAUGUAUGUCAUCUCUAGAAAGAAAAAAACAUAGUAGUCCAAUUCCCAGUGUGUCUCUUUGACUUUUUUUAAUAGUAAAAAUAAGAAUCUGUACUGACUUUUCAUUUGGCCAUUCUGGUUUUAAAGGAAAAGCUACAAGCUCUGUGUUUUUCUGUACUGAUCUGUCACUUAUUAAAUACUUUUGUACCAUGAGUAAAAUUUGAGGUGUUUUGCAAGAACCAC